AUGAACAACGCAGUGGUAUCGUGUAACUGCGGCUUACGUACCUACGUAGAGUGUGACCGUAACAGAAAACAAACACGUAGCGAGUGCAUACGUAGCGAGCGGCACUUGCGGGGCACCGCGAAAAACGUUGCUGCGGUCAAGCAGCCCGUGCGAUUGCGCGCCGUUUGCUCGGAACGACUAAUUCAAGCGAAAACGGAUGCUAAACGAAAGACAAUAGGGUCUCUUUUCAAACGAGCGGACGCGGAGCGGACUAAGAGAAUCGAGGGACAGCCAGCUUUCGGAAGGCCGAGGGAAGACCCGAUCGUUUUUCCAGGGAGGGGACUCUCGGUGGUUUAUUGCGUUAUUACCUGGACGUGUCCGCGGCGGCGAGACGGACGCAAUUUGGGGCGAAACGGGCGAUACGUUGCGUCCGAAAGGAUUUUGCGGAGCUCUAGGGCGCCCGCGGAGAAAACACCAAGGCGCCCCGAGCCCGAG